AUGGAGCCUGAGCAGCUGCUGGAGGGACAGACGCCGGUUUCGGAAAAUUCUCAUUCCGAAUACGGCCUCAAAGAAAAUGUCGAGCAGAUAGUAGAAAAUGAGAAGAUCAAUGCGGAAAAGACAUCAAAGCAGAAGGUGGACCUUCAGUCAUUGCCAACACGGGCCUAUCUGGAUCAUACAGUUAUACGUAUCUUAUUACAGGGACUUGUGCUUGCAGAGGAGAGGAUUCCUGCUUAG